UGGCGGCGGGGAGGCUCGGCAGCAUGGCGUUUGUGACGCUGAGUGAGGCGGAGAAGGUGUACAUUGUGCAUGGCGUUCAGGAAGACCUCCGCGUGGAUGGCCGUGGCUGUGAAGACUACCGAUGUGUUGAAGUGGAAACUGAUGUGGUGUCCAACACCAGUGGGUCUGCCAGAGUCAAGCUGGGUCACACAGACAUCUUGGUGGGAGUGAAAGCAGAAAUGGGGACGCCGAAGCUGGAGAAACCAAAUGAAGGUUACCUGGAGUUCUUUGUUGACUGUUCAGCCAACGCUACCCCUGAAUUUGAAGGUCGGGGAGGUGAUGACCUUGGCACAGAGAUUGCUAACACCCUCUACCGGAUAUUUAACAACAAGAGCAGCAUCGACCUGAAGUCCCUGUGCAUUAGUCCUCGGGAGCACUGCUGGAUUCUCUACGUGGAUGUGCUACUGCUGGAAUGUGGUGGAAAUUUGUUUGAUGCCAUCUCCAUUGCUGUAAAGGCUGCGCUCUUCAAUACAAGGAUACCAAGAGUUCGUGUUCUGGAAGAUGAAGAGGGCUUGAAGGACAUUGAACUGUCCGACGACCCCUAUGACUGCAUCCAGCUAAGCGUGGAGAAUGUCCCCUGUAUCGUCACCCUGUGCAAAAUUGGCUAUCGGCACGUGGUGGAUGCUACUCUUCAGGAGGAGGCCUGCUCCUUGGCCAGCUUGUUGGUGUCCGUGACCAGCAAGGGAGUUGUGACAUGCAUGAGGAAAGUGGGAAAGGGCAGCCUGGACCCAGAGAGCGUCUUCGAGAUGAUGGAGACCAGCAAGCGCGUGGGCAAGGUGCUGCACACCUCCCUGCAGAGCGUUCUACACAAGGAGGAAAGCCUGGGGCCCAAGAGACAGAAAGUUGGAUUCCUGGGAUGAUUUGCACAUCAACCCCCAACUGCCACGUGUUUGUUUUCUACUUUUCCUUUUAAACUGAAGUCUGUAUACAUUUUUCUUAACUAUUAUGAAUUUAAGGCAACAUUUGUACAUGUAAAAUUCAAGUCUGUUUUCUGGUCUGGCUUGAUAUGGCUAGAGUUCCUCAGCUGUAAGCCAAGAUGCCAUUCGGCGACCCCUCGGAGAGUCUGACCCUUGUCUAGUGAAUGACAGCUAAGUCCCGAGGUCUGCUCCAAUGCGAGGGCUCUGGUCACAGGCCUCCCCAGGGAGACUUAUCACCUGCCACAGGAGAUCAGAACAACAUCAAGAGCUAGCAGAAAAAUGGUUCAAAGGAAAUGUUUAUGGUAUGUAUAUUGUCAAUCUUUCUCCCCUGUAGAGCCUUCAAAAUAAGAAUCACACACAAAAAAUGUAAAUUCGCCUCGUGUAUUUGGGGCCUUCUUGGUGGGGGAGAUGGAGGAGGUGCUCUGCUCCAGGUACAGACCCGGGGCUUCUGCCUGGCUGGUGAGCCUUCCCGAGUUUUGGGGGAAGCCCAGUUCUUGCUUCUUGCCCUCCAAGAGAUUCCCAACCUAGCUCCCCUAGAGUCUGGGGCUUAAUAUGUACUUUGGUCCUUAGCCAACCUUUCUUACCACUCGUUUGGAACUUGCUUUGUGUUUUAUAGCCACUCCCUGGUGUUUUGUAAGGUUUCCAUGUUUUAUCAGCAUUAAGAGGGCUGCUUCAGAGAUGUUGUCAUUUGAUUACUCAGCUCACCUUCCUACUCUGGGGACAGAAGGAGAGGCCAUUCUCAAUGGCGCCAGAAGGCUCUUUCUAUAAGCCUGUGUUUCUAUAAGCCUCAACAGUGCAGUGUGUUGGAUUUAAAUCUAUUCAUGGGUUGAGCAGUCUCUAUUUUUUGUCCAGGGGAACUGAAACUCCCCAAUCAAUCUUAAAGAGAGCCCUGGGGAGGGAGCUGAUUCAUGAAAGAGUGUAUUUCAGCCGUGGCAUUUACUCUCUGCAUUUCAGUUAGACAAAUAGGGUAAGGAGUUAGGAAGUUAUUGCCUAAUGGAAAGAACAUAAUGCGAGCUGAAGCCCUUAAGGACUGACUCCAGAGGUCCUGGUGUGGGCACCUCCUCCCGGCAUGGCCAGGUAUGUCCUGUGGAGAGAAGCAGCUGCCUAGACUUGGACCUGGAGCUGCUGCCCUGUUGAGAGAAUAGCCUGGGUUCUCUUUUUUCUUUAUUCUUUUCCCAGUGAUUGUCCUUACAGGCGCCAUGACAGUGCUCCCAGGGAGGCAGCAGUCAGCCUGUUUCUCUUCCCCUGCCCCUGGUUGACUGACUGUGCUGGAACAUUAACAGUGGGACUGCACAGAUGCAUCUAGAAUGUGAAUAAAGUUUAGAAACCUUCAGUUUUGGUGAUUAAAGACAUCAGAUAGUUGAGACAGACAGGUGAGGCCUUCCCAGGCCAGUUGUACAACAGCUACCCAACUGGGCCUGCUGGCUAAGCAGUUAUGGUGCAAAUGAAGGGGAGAAGAAGAUGUUAGCAUCUGUGUCUACCACCCCAUCCAUACCUUUCCUUGAAGGCCACCCCACCUGGAAGAAGUGUACAUCACAAAUGAAACAAAAUACCAAAUGAGCAAGGUCUCUCCAGGAGAGGCUUUAUUAGAAUUGUCUGAUGGUUGCAGCUCUCAGAAUAAGAGAAAACUGAAGGCAGAGACUGGCAAAGACUUGGAAAAAUACUGUCCUGGGGAUAUCCACUGCUUCAUCCAGCAGAACCAGAGCUGUCUUUAGUGGCCAUUAAAUAAAUGUCAGGGAGAAAAAUAAAAUCAGCCAAAAGGCAAUCAACAGCUUGUGGGUGGGGAGGGUAAGGGUGGGCAUAGAAGGAAUGAAAUGUUAUAGAAUAUUCAGAUUGGUUUUAUUGUUUCUGUGAUUCUUUGGUCUCUCAAAUUGUGUAAAUUCAAGCCUGCAAAACACAUGAAUUUAUAGACUACUGACAGCAGUUUGCAUUUUGCUCAAUAAAGGCUGCAGUCUCAUAUAA